UCAACUAGAACAGCGUAGGUAGGCAACACCUGACAGCUGUAGACAAUUCCGGUAUAUCCCUCCCUUCAUCCGCCCUUCCGGCCUUAUAUUUAUACCGUCUCCGGAUGUUGUAAUUAACAAUGGAAGAAAGGCAGGUAGAGCAACUAAAUGUGAUGAUAAGUGCAUUAUUCAGUGAGAAAACACUGUGCAAAUACAGUAUCAGCUGAUCAAGGAUAUAAACAAUAACAAAGAUGAAAAUAUAAUAUAUUUUCAAAAUGAUUAGCUCUCAGGGAACUCAGGUUCAGAGAUGGAGCAAGGGUUUAUCCAUAUCUUUGAUAAUCCUGGUAAUAGUUCUCCAUGUUGGAACUUCAAUCCUGGUUUUCCUGUUCUCUCCGGGUCUCCUCCAAGCAGACAGGUUCCAAGGAUCACACUGUCAGUCUAAAACCUUGACAGGACCACUCAGCUGCGAUGGAUGUGAGAACUUCGGGUGCGUGUCUAAAAGUGAAGGAGAGAUGGUCUCCUUGUCCAACCUGAUGAUGUCCUUUAAGUUUCCACGUGAGAAUAAUUUCAACGUAUGGAACUGGAAACUGACCGGGAGUUUAAGUAUUUUCUUCAAAGUAUUCGGAGAUGAUCUAAUAACGGAUCAGAAUGAAAACUCCUCUCUAGUCAACCUUGCAGAAUUUAAGCAGUCCGUUGUAAUAUCAAGCAGUAUAGAUUACGCCUUAAACUCUAACCUAGAGGAUUCGGAUGCAGAAUCAUUCUCCUCCGCCUGGCAUUCUAAAGCUAGGAUAAGAAAUAAGAAUAGAACUAUGCACUGUAGGAAUGUUCCAAGUCCUGAUCAGGCGGAUACUGGAGAAGUAUCAGAGCUAUCCUUCCUCUGUGUUAUAUAUCCGCUCCUGGAGCUCUUCCCUAUAUCCAACUCAACCUACAUAACAUCUCUUAGUAUAGAGAAGCUUAUACAACCCAGUGCAAUCAACCUGGUUGAGACGAACGGAACCUUGAUUAGUUAUCUCUCCGUUAUAACUGAAAGCCAGGGGUUCCAUGAGAUAAGGUUCUACAUCAAGUGCGUGUUCCUGCCUCUCCUUCUCUUCUCCCUGGUUUGGUUUAUGGUUCGGUUGUGCAGGAACGAUCUCUACAUAAAUAUUCCAGAUAGGUUGGUUAUUACUGCAGGAUUGGCGCAGGUAGUCAAUAACAUUCCCUUGGAACUCAUUGUAUCCCAGAUUCCUAUACCUCAUCUAAUUCUCCUGGAGUAUAUUACACAGAUCCUGACCUUCUCCGUCCUGGUCCUCUUCUGGAUUAUCUUCACCCUGGACAAGCUGGCGGAUAAUGAACCCUGGGAGCGUACUACAAGAUACUAUUGGAGAUGUAUCACCUUGGUUAUCCUGGGAUGCGUCCUUGCCCUUACUACAUUUACAUUCCUUUGCUUCCCUUUUCUUCACAAUCCCUUCAACAAUCAUUGGCAGGAGAAGACGACCUACGUAUCCCUAGGGUUAAUAUUCUGCCUGGCUGUAGGGGUUGCUUGUUUCCAGUCCUACCUGGCCAUCAUCAGCUUCAGAGUUAUAUGUGAUAUAUCAAUACAUUACCCAACCACAAGUAGAGCCUGGAGAUUAAAGGGAGUUCUUAUUUACAACCUUUUCUCCUCCCUUCUCCUCACCACAACCUUCAUCUUCAGAUUAGUAUUGGAGCUGUGCCUUCACUGGAACCCGGAGUUUCACAAAGAUCCUCUUCCCUUCGGUAUCUCCUCCGUUGGUCCUAUUCUUCUUGUAGAACUAAUCUCAAUCAAUAUUUAUGUCGUCUUCCUACUCGUCGCACUCUCACGAACGUCCGUGCCCGGGGAGGGCUGGUAUGCGCCGGUGCGACCGGCCAUGUAUAAUCCUGACAGGCGGGAGGAACAACUACAUCUUUGGGAUCUGUCGGCGCACCAAAGUCCGCUUCACAAAAUUGAUUCUUAACCUGGGUGAACAAAAGACAUUUUUAAAAAUGUGGAAAGUAAUUUUCAACGGAGCUUAAAAGACGUGCCUUCUACGUCUAGACACCUAAAUAUGGGUCCAUAAAUACAAAUUACCCCUUUUAGUCUUAACUAAAGUUCCAAUACAGCAUAUUCAUUAUCAACAACAACAAAAAUAGGACAGUUUUCACAUUAGAAAUUAGAAUUAUCUUCACUCAAAACAUCAAUAUUUACUAUUUCAUAUUUAGUGCCAAAAUGUUUAUAUUGCACAGUGCACUAACUCUUGACAAUCAAGAUUUUACUUUAAAGUGAAAUUUUAAGCGACCUUCCGUGCAAAGAUGGCAAAGCUGGAUCACAAAGCGACCUUUAAACCUGUAUCUGAUAAAUAAUUUGGAAGAUAUUGUCGUUUUUUCAGAUUUAAUAGUGUUAAUUUCUCAUAUAAAUGUGCAAAUCACUCCUUAGAGAACAACGAUUGAAAAUAUUUAGUUUUUGAAAUUAUAAACAUUGAUAUCUAAAUCAUAAUUGUUCAGAAAAAGCUUUUCAGGGU